UGCAAAGUCUGUGAAUACCAUAUGGGUAGAAAAGAAACAGUCCCUUCACAUGAUUGUAGCAAGAAUUGGCAGGGUACAAGUAAAGGCAUGGAACCUGAUAUGGCUUUAGAGAUGACCCACAAUCUGAAGGAUAAUGGAUGUCCUAUUCAUGUUCUCCAUGCUGAUAAUGAUUCAACCACAACAGCAAGAUUAAAGGUAGACUUUAAAGAACUGCAAAAGAAAGAUGACCAGAACCACACCAAGAAAGGUUUUUUCAAGAAACUUUGGAACGAAAAAUAUAGUACCAGAGCUGGAACAUUGCAGAAUAUGGGAUCAACACAGGGAAACGAAAAUUUCAACCAGAUUGUGACAAGCAAAGCCCCAAAGUCACGAAAAUUUAUUACAUCAGUGAAGAAAUCGUCUGUUGACCCUUAA